AUGGCAGACGCCCUGAUCCGCACUGUGCUGCGCUCCUUCGCCACUGCUGCUGCGGGUUCUUACACCUGGAGAUCUGUAAGCAACUUCCGCUUUAUGGAGAAUUGCAUUUUGGAGCUCUUCCGUCUAGACGACGCCACUUCAUAUCGCGUGGGCUAUGUCUGGAUAAGACAGCUGGCGCUAGUGCUGCGAAAUGCCUCCAUGGCCUCCUCGCGAGGUGGCACCGUGAACGUUAAAACAGCCAAGACAGCCAAAGCCAAGGCCAAGGCCAAAGCAACGAGGGACCGUGCGAAGAGAGACAAGGCAGUGAAAAACAAGGCUGGAAAGGAGAAAACUGCCAACAACGAGCAGGAGGAUGAAGAAGCACCCCGAAGAAAGGUCAAAUCAAAGCCACUCGAAGAGCUGAUGAGCUGGCAGUUUGUUCGUUCCAUGUACCUGUGGACCCGUGUGGUGACAUCAGUUCCAUCGCUGAAGCCACUUGGAUAUCCCCUCUUCAUGGUAAUCCUUGGGGCCGUCAAGAGCCGGCUGAUGAAUCUGCAGUGCUUCCCCUUUGUUUGCCACGGCCUCACCUGCCUGAACCGCUUGGCCGCGGGCCUUGAGGCCCUGGUACCCCUUUCCAGCCACCUUCUGAAGCUACUGGACAUUGUCCACCAUCAACUGGAGUCUAAGAAGAAGCUGGGGUCCAAAGCCCAAGCGCAAGAUGACGAUGGUGAAGAACCAGGUGAGCGGAAGCCGCCUGACAUGGAGGUUCUUCUACGCCUUUCGCCUGGCCGGGAAGAGGUCCUAGAACUGGUGGCAGAAAGGAUUUGUGGCCUCUUCACCGAUCACCUGGGUCUACUGAGCCGAUCUACAUCCUUCCCAGAGCUUUCGGCACCGGUGGUGCUGCACCUUCGGCGGCUAAGCAAGCACUGCCGGAAUGAAGCUCUGCGGAAGCAGCUAAAGGCUUUGCUUGCAGCUGUUGAGCAGAGCAGCCAAGCGGUGCUGCGAUAUCGCGAGCAGCUGCAGGAGCCCCCUCCUGCUGGCAAGCUCCUGGUUCUCGGAGCGGAUGCCACGCCUCUGGCCAAGCAACGAAUGCAGUGGCUGAAGCGUCGGGCUGAAUACGAGAGAUCGAAGGUUGAGGGCGAUCUU